UCUCCGGGAAAAGGGCGGCGCGGCCUACAGCGUCGUUCAGUUGGGGCGGUCUUUCUUCCGGCAAAAAAUUAUUACGGCGUCCUAUUGAGAGAGCUUAAAAACAUAUGGCGGGGGGGGGACCCUUUCGGGUUUUCUGUCGCCAUUUUGAAGCAAUUGGUGUUGGCCGGAUUCAGUCCCCAUUUUAUCAAAGGCGCUGAGGCUGGACUGGGCACCGAGGCUGUGCCAGAGGGCCUUUUCUUCCUCGAGGCAGUAGCUUCCACUCAUAUGUUCUCAUAGGAAAAGGAAAGCGCAGACAUGGAUUGUGUGGGCAGCAGCGGUAAAUGGCAGAAGUAGGAAAAGAUGCUGACGGAAAUCAAUGAUCGCAGUUACCCUGCUGAUCUUCAGUUGGGGUGGUUACCAUUUUUUUUUUCUUUCCUUUGCAGGGCCUGUGUCAAGUAGCUUUAACUGGCGAAAAUGGAACACGAGUUUUUCCAUUUUCCAAUCUUUUUCCAAAAAUUUAAAACCGCUAUUCAGUUACCUAAAACCUUACAACAAAAGCAUAUUUAAAAGUCAAAGUCAGGAACUGGCUAAGUAUUAUGGAAAAACUGCACCCUAAAUUGCCUACAUAAGCUUGAUAAAAUAAAAAACUUUCAACAGGCGUUUAAAGGUUGAGACAGAAAAUGCCUGCUGAAUGUCUCUUGGCAGAGUAUUUCACAUUUCCAUUCUGCUAGAUUUGUGCUUUUGUAUAAUGGUUAAAAGCACAGGAGCCUUGGCAUAAAAAAAGUUGGGAGUACAAUCUGAUCAUUAGCAGGUAGUUUAGUAGCAUUUCUGUGGCAACAGUGACCUCUUUUUUGAUACCCAUCAUUGAGAAUGAAAAUAAACAUAGUAUUGUUACAGGAAGGGAGAGAACGAACCUUGGCUUUAGGGAAGUGUCAGAAGGACUAAUGCUUCCAAGUGAAUGACUUGGAACCCAAAAGUACUGCACUUGUAGCAUCCUACCAAUAUUUGAACACUUAAGUGAGUCCAUGCCUCAGGACGUUUGCAGUGGACCCAGAAUCACUGAACAAAUAAAGGCACAUCUUCCAUCAUUCAUUCCUACUUUACAUUCCCCAUAAUCUUAGCAAAAAUGGAGCUGGAACAACAUGUUUGUCAAGCUAAUUCCUAAUUUGGCCUUCAGUUUUAGCUACUCUCAAAAUGGAGCUAACACACUGGCCUGUUUUACAAACUUGUUGAGUCAGAUUAGAGUAUAUAAAGUGUUCAGAAUCCUCUAAAAGUUGUGUUGUGGUUGUUGCUAUAUGAAGGAUUAUUUUGAAAAUACUUGAAGUUUGGAUGUUGUUUUUGCAGAUUGGAAUAAUCUCAUUUUUCACAGCAUCAUUUCCCUGAGAUAAAAUCAUGAGUUUAUUUUGGAAAACAUUAGAACAGCGACAGCCAACAUGGCACAAUCCAAAUAUCUGAGACUACCUCUCCCAUCAGCCCCAGUCAGCAUAGCCAAUAGAUAGAGAAUAUGGGAGUUGUAGUCCUCAAUGUUUAGUGAACACCACAUGGCUUCUCUCUUUAAACGUAAGGAACGUUGGAAGUUAAUAUGGGGUCAGACACUAGAGGAAUACUAAUAGGUGAUUUUAUUCAGGUUCUGUAAGAACCCUUUAGCUACAGGGAAGCUAGCCGGGGGGUUUUGCCCCGGGUGAAGCCUCCAGAUGGACAUCAGUGAGGCUUCCAGCCUGUGUGUGUGGUGUGUGUGUAUGCAAAUACACAUGGGGCAAACUGGGUCUUUGACAUGGGUGAAAUAAAACCUUGAUUCGCCUCUGCUGGAACAGGAUCCAUUUUGAAUAACAUAGUUCAUUGGAUCAGCUAUACGUCUUGCGCAAUGGUGAAGUCAAUGAACUGGCUGGAGGCAUUGAUUUUUAGAACAGGGGGGAAAGGUCCUAAAGUGUUACAAAACGUUCACUCUCAGUUUGGCAAAAGUGGCCCUCACAAGCUGCUGUCGUGUCUGGAAAAACUUCAAAGGGGAAAAUCCAGAACACAGAUACCUAAAACAGAAAUAUUCCUCAUAUAACGAGUGUGCUAUUACAUGGUCUCUUAUCAACUUUUAAAAUAGGAUUUUGACAUCACAAUUUGAGAGUGAAUCUUUGAAAAUUCACUUGCCAUUGAAGGAUGGUGUCGUCAGCUUUUCAAAUCUCUGCACUGCUUCUGGCUUUUCUGGGUCUCAUCCUUUUACUGGUUGCCAGUGUGUCCAACUGCUGGAAAUUUUCUAGUCCAUCAACAACGCUUAUUACUGCAAGCUGGAUUUAUGAAGGUCUCUGGAUGAACUGUGUAGCUACUUCUCUGGGCUCAGUUCAGUGCAAGAAAUUCUUUUCCUUGCUCAGUUUGGAAACUUAUAUUCAAGCAUGUCGGGCCCUGAUGAUCACUUCACUCAUCUUGGGUAUGUGUGGGACUCUGCUGACACUGCUUGGUUUGAAGUGCACUCAGCUUGGAUCCAACAGUGAAAAUGCAAAAUCAAAAAUUGCCAUGCUGGGGGGAAUGGUCUUCAUUUUAGCAGGUCUCUCAUCAAUGGUUGCUAUUUCUUGGUAUGCAGAAAGGAUCACAGCUCAGUUUUUUGAUUCAUUUUAUGGUGGAACCAAAUAUGAGCUGGGAUAUGCACUGUACUUAGGCUGGGCUGGUUCCCUCCUUUCUAUACUUGGUGGGAUCUUCCUGACAUGUUCAGCAUGCAAAGAAAAACACAGAGACUACAAGUAUGCUGCUACCCGGCAAGGCAAGGAUGCACGUAUUUACAUCAAACAGUCCGAGACAGUCACAUCUGCCAAAGACUACGUUUAGAUUUUAAAAUGUUUCAUAUGUUCUAACUCAUUACUGUAUAACAUCUAAGCCCUCCAUUCCCAUUUCCAUAUUCCACUUUCAACAGACAUUUUACAUAUAUGUAGAAUUUCCUUCUGGUAAUAGUUUAAGCUACAGUGUCAUUUGGGUGUAUGAGGACUAGCCUAGUAAAGAAAAAUAAUAUGUAACAUGUUAGCAUAUUCCCAACCCCCCCAAAAACAAAAACAAAAAAAUAACACCCAGGAGGUGUUUUUUAUCUAGUUUUGUCUAGUUUAUCUACAUUUAUUUAGUUUGUCAUGUUGUCUCAUUGUACUAGGGAACACUGUAAACUUAGGAUCAUUUCAGGAAUAAAACGUCUUAUCUCUCUCUGAAGGAUUCAGUAUUUAACCACACAAUAUGCAAACACUAUAUGAGGAAUGAACUGAUUCUGACAAGUUAUCAUGGACCUUAAUAAUAUUGGUACCACAGUAUUUGCAUAGUGCUUUAGAGUGUCCAGAGUGCUUCACACACAUAUUAUCUCUGUAACCAUUACAACAGUUCUGCAUGGUUGAUCAGGAUAAUCCCCACACUGCAGAUGGAGGAAGGGGCUGAGGAAGAGAGAGGGAAAUUUGCUCCUACCAAGGUUGUGAUGGAGGCAAGAUUCGAAGGGGAAACAUUCUCAUUCACUUCACUUAGGCAUUGCAUCACAGAGCUCUCAUUGGCCAGAGCUCCUGUUAAAGAGACUUUUUGUGCAGAACCUUUGUUACAUGUUUUGACCUGCUGCUUAUGAAUGUAUGUUCUACCGAGUGCUAACAUCUUUACUGUUUGUGUAUAUUCAAUAAACCUAGAGUUUUUGCUUCUUUAUAACAAA